AGUAAGAGCGCACGCAUGCAGUCGUCGCUUAGCGUCACAGGAAAUGGGUUGAUACAAGCUCCGCCUUUUCCUCUCUUUGGGAGCCGGAAGUUGAGAACACGUUGCCGCUGCAUUGCUGUUCAGAGGCUCAUUCGAUUUUUCCUCCGUGAAGCUUCCGGGCAGAGAGGACCAGACGACUUCAUACCCGGGUGUAAAAUGACUGAACCAGAAGUGAACCCCAAAGCCUAUCCAUUGGCCGAUGCGCAACUUUCAAAGACUCUUCUAGAUCUGGUGCAGCAGGGCUCAAAUUACAAGCAGCUUCGCAAAGGAGCCAAUGAAGCCACAAAAACAUUAAACAGAGGGAUUGCAGAGUUCAUUGUAAUGGCAGCUGAUGCAGAACCACUUGAGAUCAUUCUUCACCUUCCUCUUCUCUGCGAGGAUAAGAAUGUCCCCUAUGUCUUUGUGCGCUCUAAGCAAGCAUUGGGAAGAGCCUGUGGGGUCUCAAGACCAGUUGUUGCAUGUGCAGUUACGAUUAAGGAAGGUUCCCAGCUAAAGCCCCAGAUUCAAAGUGUCCAGCAAUCUAUAGAGAGACUGCUGGUGUAAAUUCCCCCCCCCCCCCCCUCUUGAAAUGACAGAUGGCACGGUGCAGUGUUAUGUACCUUUUUUUUUUUUUUACCUGCUUUUGUAGGACUUUUACGAAUUCCAAAAGGAGUAUCUUAACAGCGACUCCUUUAAAAUCUCCCAGUGUGUUCUGUCAUGGUAACAUGUUUGUUUUUUUUUUUGUUUUUUUUAUCAUUCAGAUGUAAGCAUAUACCAUAGUAUUUUUUGGCUUUUCAUAAAAGGAAAUGGCUUAAAAUAAAUUUCAGUAAAUCAUUUGUCCCCCCUGGAUGCUAACUUGUAUUGUAUGUAUUUUUUGAAAAUAAAAAUAUACAUGUAUGCCUAUUUUCUCCCUUGUGAAAA